CCACACGGACACACACAGGAUACCACCACUUACCAACCCAUCAAUCUCAGUCAACACGUUUUCUAGCCCUAGCCCAAGCACUUAUCGUUAAAAUGAAGAGCUCAUUUCUCGCCAUCCUCGCCGCUGCCGCCGGCCUCGCUAUUGCCGACAGUCUCGAUGUGCCCGACUGCGCCAAGAGCUGCGUCAACGAUGACAUCCAGAAGAGUGGCUGCGCCCAGGACAAGAUCAAGGACUGCUAUUGCCAAAAGGCCAAUGUCAACUCACUGGUCAACUGUGUCUCCGGGGCAUGCAAAGAUCAAAACGACCUGAUCAAAGCAGCUCAGGCCGCCCAGAAGGCUUGCCCUCAGCUCAACGGCGGCGUCUUUCCUGGCCAAGGAAACAACGGCAACGGCAAUUAGAU